AUGUCCAUCCCCAGGAAAACAUCACUCGACGCAGUCUCCGAAUGGCGCGCCCUCCAAGUCGUCUCGAUAAUCUACACAAACCUCCUCAACCGCCAAAUUCGCCGCCGCUGGCUCCUCGAACAUAAAUCCAUGCAAAACAAGCCUCUCGCUGAACGCUUCCGUCCAGUGAUCUUCUUCGAGCCCGUCCCAGGCCUGCGCAAACCACCCAAGCAAAUCAACACAGCAACAAUCGCCAGCUUCCACACGAGAAUCUCUCAUCUCCGUGCGCGGAUAGAAAAGGGCAAAGAACUCGCCUCUGAGAUCGAAAGACGUAUGCUACAGCCUGGAAUCCGGUACCCGACGCAUUUCUGCCAUACAUGUGUGGAGGAUGGAGAGAGGGUUGAGGUUUUGUUGACGAAGUGUGGGCAUCGGGUGUGUAGGACUUGUCUUUGGUAUGGGGUGGAUGCCGGUGUUUAUGAGUGUAGUAUUUGUCUUGUACCGGCGGAGUUUGUGGCGAGGAGUCCGUUGCAUCCCUCGAGUCCGCUGAGUCCUGCUAAAACUAGCUUGGAGGUAGGUUUCUUUUGA